UGAUAAAAACGUUUUCGAUUUCAUUGCAAAAUAUCAUCGAAAUAGCGAAAUCACGGUGUGGAAUUACUGUGCCCGAACCGUAAGACACCGUGUUAUUACAAGACACUAGUCUGUCAUCAGCUCUUCGUCGAGGCCGCGAAACUGAGCCUCCGCUGUCCGAUAAGGAACGGCGGAGGGAACGAUUCCCGCCAGCAGCGACCUGACGACCCCGGCGAUCCCAGUGACAAAAGGCCUGAGUUAAUGCUUAAGACAUCACCAUUCUCACGAACAGGAGAGAAAAGUAAUGAGAAGAAACAUGGCUAUGAAUAUAUAUAUACGAUUAUAAGGAAAAUAUUUCUUGUCCUUUAUGAGUCGGUCUCAACGGGCUCGGAGAAAAUGAAGCGCACAGGACGCGUUGCUUCAGUUGGGUCAGCGACGUCAGAGGAGGCGCACAAACCCUCUGCAAGCACCGGCACUUACACUGGUUCGAGCAGGUCCUCGCCGAGAGAGAGAUGAGGCUCCUCCUCCUCCUCCUGUGGGCAGGGCUCCUUCCUGGAAACGCCCUCUUCUUCGAGGGCCACAAGGACCUCGACCUUCCUGCGGGUUACUACGCCUCGGAGGUUCUCGGCGCUCCUUCUGCAUGUGCUUGCAGGAACCGGUGUUUCGUCCACCUUCUUUGUACGGCUUUCACGGUGCAUCUGCCCGCCUCAGGUGAAGUCAACUGCUUCUUCAGCCUCGCGAAUGUCACGACCGGCAUGAUGAAACCCAACGCCUCCAGCUGGACCUUCUGCAAGGAAGGGUGCGCCGCUCCCGCCGCCCCCGCUGCCGUCAGCACCACGCCCGGCCCCAGAUGCACCGGGUCCUUCGUCGACCUCGGCGCCAUCGGCUGUUACCACUUCCAUGAGGCGACCAUGUCCUUCGCCAGCGCACAGUCUUACUGCCAAAGCUUGAACGCAGAUCUGGCAACACCUUCCUCGCUGGAUCCCCUGAGGCAGUAUCUCCUGGACAACAGCUACACAGGAGAGUACUGGGUGGGUCUACGGCGUCCGAAUGGCUGGAUCGACGGGCGGCCCGACGACCCGAGCGAGUGGGACGCCGGCGAACCGAACGACUCCGGUCCCUGCGCCAGGCUCAGGGGCAGCAGCAAUUUCAAAGCAGCGGAUCACGGCUGCGACAACAGCUAUAAGGUCAUCUGCGAGCAGGAGGUCUAAGGGGAGAGCAGACGGAGUGGUUGCCUCCUUUUGUCUUGUAUUUUAUGUUUGUUUCUUUUCUCUAUUUACCUUUUUUUUUCUCUCUCUCUCCUUUGUCUUAUGGCAGUUCGGUCACGUUCGACAGGAGAUUGUGUUUUGUAUUGGGGGCCAUAUUGUGUAUUUUGGGCCAUGUUUAUAUUUGUUUAUGUUCUUUAUUUUGGCAAUGUUUAUACUUAUUGUUUAUUUUGGUUUAAAUUUGGUUAUAUUAUUUUGGCCAUGUGUAUUUCCCUUAUGUUAUACAUGGCUACAUGCUUUGUUAUUUAGGCCAUCUUGUCUAUUUUUGACCAUGCGCAGUAGACUAACAGUACGCUAUUACAAAUAUUGCAAAUAAAGUUUUGUCACAGUAUUACAAAAUUGCUGAGGUACUACCAAUGAGUCACUUUGAACAGCAGUAAGCUUGUUAGAAAUUCCUGAAAUGUUUGUAUGAUCGAGUGAAGAGCUAAGAGUUUUACCUUAAAGGAAAGGUUUUCAAGCAUUCUAAAGCUGAUCAUAAAAGAGAAAGCUUCCUUUUUUCACUGUUUUUUUUUGCCUUUAGGAAAAUGCCCGCACCCGGAUGCUUCGUUAAAAAAGGGAUCUGCUGUGAUGUGAAGACCGAAGCAAAAGAUCACUCUUGUGUGUGAACAAAGGAUCGGAGAAAUGUCUUUCAUUAUAUUUUUCUCCGGAAUCUUAAUGUACUUAUUAUACGGCUUAUAUCAUUCCAGUGAUUUUUUUCUUUCUUGAAUCUUCACGUGUUAUAC